UUGUUGACAACGAAGAGGGAAGUGUUGUAAGGAAGGUGUUUUUGAUUGUUUUCGCCCGCAAAAUCUCUCUUCAGGGAGUACAAAUCAAUMAUUUGUGCGGAGUAAAAUUUAUUAGUUAUUGCAGUUGCUUUUGUAAGCGACGAUGGGAGCUGUCUUAGGGAUCUGUACUGCGGCACAGUGUGCUUGUUGCUGUUGCCCUGCUGCCGUUGGUUGCUGUUGUGCAUGUUGCCCAUCAUGCAACAGUUCAACAUCAACACGCAUCAUGUACAGCAUCUAUCUCUUAUUGGGAACCGUAGUGUCUUGUCUCAUGUAUUCAACAAAAAUACAAGAAGCUAUGGUAGAAAAGGUGCCAUUUGGUUUGUUUGAUAAAGCAUGCACUGCUUCAGGAGCUGGUACAAACUGUGAACUCCUCACAGGAUAUCUUGCAGUUUAUCGUAUUUGCUUUGCAAUGGCUUGCUUCUACUUUUUCUUCAUGCUGAUCACAAUUGGUGUGAAGUCAAGUAAAGACUGCCGAGGAGGGAUUCAUAAUGGUUAUUGGUGCAUCAAAUUUCUGAUUUUAGUUGGUUUGUGUGUAGCUGCUUUCUUUAUACCAAGAGGAGACUUUGGUAUUGUAUGGAUGUACAUUGGUUUCAUUGGGGCCUUUGUGUUUAUUUUGAUCCAGAUGAUACUAUUGGUUGACUUUGCCCAUACGUGGAAUGAAAUCUGGACAAGUAAUGGUGAAGAAUCUAACAACAAGAUGUGGUAUUGUGUGUGGGUCUGACACUUCUCUUCAUCACGGUGCUUUAUUCCAGUUUGAGGACAUCUGGAAGCUCAGACAAACUCGGUCCAAGUUCUGGCGGAACAACAGGUGAUGCAGAAGAGGGCAGUAAAGUCAAUGAAGACGAAGAUGAGGCAGUUGUUUACAGUUAUUCAUUCUUCCAUUUUGUUUUCUUCUUGGCGUCUUUGUAUAUCAUGAUGACACUAACAAACUGGUACAGCCCUCAAGGUUCAACUCUUGAAAACUUUCAAAGAAAUUGGGGCUCUGUUUGGGUGAAGAUGGUUUGUACUUGGUUAUGUCAUGUGAUCUACAUAUGGACACUUGUCGCACCAUUGUGUUUUCCAGAUAGAGACUUUGGCAAUGGUCCUCUCUAGAAUGCAUAGUUGAUAUAACUACUGUAAUAUUUGCACUCUGAAGCGAUAAUCCUGGUGAUUGCACUGUCAGUUAUAAUUUAAAAAUGAAGCCCUUAAAAGUUAAAAUAUCCCGUGGGAGGUACACGCACACGAUUGUUGACUACUGGCAAAUUGGCUUCAACGACUUGAAAUAGAUUUUCUAAAGGGAAAACUCGACGUACAUUUUAUAAAUGUGGUUUUCCAAAAAAAAAUUUGUUGUGCAUGAAGUCGACCAAAAACUUGUUUUAUGCUCAAAGGCAACCAUAAACUUAAUUAAAUAUAAUAAGUAUUUUAAGCGUAUAUAUGUACUGCAAGUAGUUAUAUAGUUUUCUUGCAUGUGUCAGCAAAACAACUUUAUGUAGUAGUAUAGCGGAAAAAGCAAAAUAGUCUGCCCUUAGUUUGCUCUAAAUGACCUAUAGAGAGCCCAUUAUGUAGUCACCAAGAAGGGGUUGUAUACUGCAGCAAUGCUGUCUUUAUGGCUUCUAUGAAUGAUUUUCAAGUUUCAGGAAAUAUGAAAUGACGGAACUAGCGCUGAGGUAUUUUAAAAAAAGUUGUUCGUGUUUCAUUUUUUUUAAUGAUUUUCAAAAGUUGGACAAAUCCAAAGUAAAUACAGUCAUGAAGAAUAAAAGGAAAGCAUUUGGA